AUGAACAAGCAGUUAUACUACUACCACAUCAUAACAAGUAAGGACAUUGAAGAAGAAUUAAAAUCAAAGCAAAUAUACCCUGUUGUGCAUUUUAAAAAUGAAACGUGCGAGAGAAACCUACCAGAAACAUAUGUACCCCGGAAACAUGUUCAGAACCCAAAAACAUCAUCACCACCGACACCACCACCGGAGGGACGGGAAGAAACGGGGAUAUGGGACUGGAACAAAUUCAGGGAGGGGAAAAUAAAAAAUUAUGUCCUGGACCUGAAGGGAUUGGGAGGGUUGCAGACGAUGGCUGCUACCGAGUCAGAUGGAGAGAUGGAAGAACAUGAAGAUACUCCGUCGGAGGAGGCAGUUGCGAGAGACUUGGAGAUUACGAUGAAAGCCUGGGAAGAAGAAUACAUCAAGUCGGUACGUAUAUCCCAAGUAAUGAAAGUCAAGUGUCAACAAUUUAUAACGGACCUUAUAAACUCAUCGCUUUCCAUCAAGGAGUCAGAAGACGGCAUUGGCACCUUAUAUACAUCAGUCAUAAUAGACAGUUGGGAUUUAACUCUAGACUGGGGAGAAUUAUUCGAAACGGAACCUACAAAAAUACAAGCAUUAACUGUCUCGCUUGUUUACGCAAGUAUCUUUAUUCCGGCAAUGGUCGUCAAGUUGUACAGGACAUUCUCAGCGACAAACUUGUUGAAACCUGUCAAUGCGCCAGUCAUUCAUGUGGAAUGGACAGGAUCAAUAAAUGGACAAAAAAAUGUACGAGGCUGA